AUGGAUAAACAACAACAAAGCUCUAGUAUGGCCUCUAAUGACCCUGCUGACCCCUCUGGCGACCCCCAGCCUGGGGACCUCAUUGAGAUCUUCAGGCCAGCCUAUCAGCAUUGGGCGCUCUACCUGGGAGAUGGUUAUAUCAUCAACUUGACGCCUGUUGAUGAGAGCCAGGCUGCCGCCAUGUCCAGUGUAAAGUCUGUCUUCAGCCGGAAGGCAGUGGUGCGCAUGCAACUUCUGAAGGAGGUGGUGGGAAGUGAUUCGUACCGUGUCAACAAUAAGUACGACCACAACCACACGCCCCUGCCUGUCUAUGAGAUCAUCCAGCGAGCGCAAAUCCUGAUUGGCCAGGAGGUGUGCUAUGACCUACUGGGGAGUAACUGCGAGCACUUUGUCACCUUGCUGCGCUACGGAGAAGGGGUGUCUGAGCAGGCGACAAGGGCCAUCGGGGCCAUCAGUUUGGUCACAGCAGCAGCAAGCGCCUUCUCUGUCCUGGGACUGAUUAACACUCGAUCCAGAAACAGGCCCUUCUGA